GGGGUAUCUUCAUAGGAACAAGUCACCUUGUGUCUGACAGGGAGUCUCUUUGAGUGUGAGCAGCACCUACUACGAAGCAUGAAGACUCUGCUGAUUCUCCUGUUGCUUUGCUGGCUCAGUUCCGCAGCAGAUGGGCUGAACUGCUACGUGUGUAGCUCUACGACGACUAACAGUCAGUGUAACCAGAACACAGCCUCCUGCCAGGCGCCCCUCGACACCUGCAUGAACACAGUGGUCACUGCAGGAAAUGUCAUGGCUAUAGUGAAGCAAUGCAGCAGCGCCAAUAUCUGCUCGGCAGCAGCCUCUGUCUCCUCAGCCACGAACAGCGGAACGACCACGAUCACCUGCUGCAAUUCUGAUCUGUGUAACUACAGCGGAGCCACGACUGCCAGUCUGCACUCCCUGCUUCUGGCCCUGCCGCUGUGUGCCAUCUAUGCCCUCCGCUACAUCAGCGCUUAACGUUACACAUCGUUGGCAUAUCCACUCCCCUUACUCUAUUAUAAUUUGUAAUUACAUGUUAGGCAACUUCCUGUUCCAUAACACCCUCCAGGAAAUGUAUAUUUUCCACCCGUCUCAGGUGACAGUUUGCCUGGCUCCUGAGUGUUUGAUGAGUGAUGCUUUUCUAAACUGGUCUCACAACACAUGACUGCCCACCCCCACAUGUUGAUAAUUUUUCUUGUCAUUUUGGAAUUAUUACAAUUUAUUUUCUUUUCUUUGGAUUUUUUUUUUAAUUAUCUAAUUACCGACGUAUGUUUAUUUUUGAAGGAAAAAAUCACUAUUGAAAUUCUACUCCUCUAAAGCAGAUACUGUAUAAAAUGCAUUCAUUUUUUCCAUCUACACUAUUACAAAAAUGAGGCACUCACGUGUAAAUAUUUUUUAGAAGCUCGGUGACUUGUAAGAGUCUUGAAAAUGAAAAUAUCAUUGAUUCAAAAGCGAGGAAUACAUGGUAAAACAGCUUAGCUCUAACACUGAGAUGCCACUAAAGGACCUGAUUAUCUUAGAUUAGAUUUGUUAACUUAGGGCUGCACAUAAGCUCUGCAGGGAGCUAGAUGUCCAGGAGCAGGAAUGAGCAGCCUAAGCAUAGUGUAACAGACACAGGGAAAUGGGCAGCACUGCCAGCCCUAUAAUGACCCGCUGUCCAUAUAAUUUUUAAUGCUGUAUGCAUAAUGUACAACAAUGUAUAUGUGAUGGACAGCUGCAAUAAGCAGGUAUGCUACAUAACCUGUACUGCGCUAUUUCCUUACAUAAAAUGUUACUUACCGUACUGUAGUUAAUGUCUUACGCCGUCCAUACAGCUAUGAAGAUACGCCCAAAUUCACUUGCAUCCACUGGUCACGGUCCCAAAUAUAAGUUGACACGAGGCUGCAGUUAAUAUUUGGGGAACUAUUUACUGAAAGGAUAGCCUAUAGCUCCGACGUCGGGACACGUACAGUAGGUGAGGUGUUUGAGACUGGCCGCCAGGAGGAUAUAUAAUUAUAUAUACUGGUAUAUAAAUGGUAUGGAACGUUUCUUGUGACAAAAUGAGAAAAAAAACGUAAAUUAAAUAAUAAAAAAAAAACUAAUCAAUCAAGCAAUUAAAUAAUUAGUUAGAAAAAUGGAGCUCCCCAUCGUAAGCCUAUUAAUGACAGUUUACUGUAGCUCAUAAAACAAAUAUGACAUUCCUGACCGGCUGGGGUGUGAUUAUGGUCUUAUGACUACACUUCUAGCACAAAUAACUGAUAACAAAAAUAUAUUUAUGAAUGAAAGACUCCAUUAUAAGAAAACCAUUGGGUUUACUUUUACUCAUGAAAGAAACUCCUUAGCGUAAUUUUUAAGAAAAGGACAAAACAACCCCUGAGAAGUUGCCGCCCGCUUUCAAGUUCGCAAAUGUUAGCCAAUGAAAUCAACGCAAGUUCGCAGCUAAAUUCUGUCAUCUAACCGGGGUGCAUGGUCCACUGGAACUGGGUUGGAAAUGGGUUGGAACUGGGUUGGGUUGAUAUACGCCUCGAUCACAUGGGGCACGUUGGAAAUGACGCAGAACGUAUCGUGAUGUCAUUUGUGAUAUAAAUAAAAAUGCCCCGCCCUCCUCUACCCUCUUUCCGCCAAGACAGAAGCGCUGGGAAACGUGCCUAAGGUGUUCGGUUCUUCUGACGAAGCUAAGGCCUCUGAAUCCGGCGACUAGCACCACGAAAA